UUAAAACUGAAAGUAAUUGGAAAAUAUUUUUCAUUUAUCAAAACUUUAUUAUUCUUUUGUAGAAUCUACAAUUUACUGAGAAAGGUCAACAUCCGAGAUAUCCUCCUCACGGCUGUACAAAUAUGGAAAACAAAUACCAGGCAGGAUAUUCAACACUGAAUGUUUCCUCAAAUAGACAGAGCCACUUGCCCGGCGCAGAAAACAACACUCCGAUUCGUUUAAGCGCCUCACCUGUUCUACCAGGAACCGUAAAUGUUACACAUAACAUAACGCGCGUGCUCGGAAGUAAAAUGCACACGCUUGGAAAUGAUUCAACCGAUCAAAGAACACAAGAAGGUCACAUGUUGCCAUACAGUACUUCUCACUUUAUGUCUUUUAGACAUAACGCUCUUCGGGAAUAUACUUCAUCAUGUGAUACAGAUGUAAACCAAGAAUGUUCGGAAUCUGACAGUUCUACAAGUGACAUGUCCAUAUCAACAGAACGAUCAGUCUCUCCAUAUACAUCUAGCAGCGGCUCCCCUACACCGCCAAGUGUAGAAGUUUCACCAUUUAUCAGAUCGCUUCCAAAUGCCGAAAUUUUAUCGGCAGACAACGCAUCCUCAAGUGACGAUUCUUCAUGUAGCAGAGUGACGGAAUCUUCAGUACCAGAGCGCUUAAAUUCUUCGAGAGUUGCUGAAGUUGAGAUAAUUCCAGAAAAUAACAAAUCGCAUAGGAAAAACGCUAGAACCAACUUCACUCAGGAACAAGUAAAGGCUCUGCUGAAAAUAUUCUACGAAACACCAUACCCUGACUCAGAAAUGAUGGAAAACAUCGGAAAAGAUUUAAAUAUUACCGAAAAACAGGUUAAGAUAUGGUUCCAAAACAAAAGAGCAAGAUGGCGUAGACGCACACACGACAACAAGAACCACGUACAGUCCUUCUUUCCAACAACGCCGAUGAUGCCACAGGCAACGUCAUUUGGAUACAUGCCAACAGGACAUAUGAUGAUGUCAUCACCUCUUAAUAAUUUUCAUGGAUACAUGAGUUAUCCCUGGAUGCAGGGAUAUGCCAGUCAUAAUUUUAUGAAUCAGCAUCUUCUGGGACAGAAAUUAGACAAUCAUUUUCCUCUUAAUAAACAAACGGCCAAUCAGAACGCGGCAUUUAAAUAUGAUGCUUCUUAUGCUUUGAACACAGAUCCGUCUGUUUCGACCAUCCCAUCUGCUCAAUAUGGAAGGAUGCUACCGCAGCAGAAUUUAUCAAACCAAAACAGACAGCCUUUGAAAUUUCCUGGUUAUGUUUAAGCAUCAAUUUAAAACUUGUUGUGUUAUUGUUUUGUAAUGUUAUUGACAUUUGUUAUUUAAAGUGCUUUGCUUAUCAAUACUAGAAUAAAUUAUUCAUUGUUGAUAAGAAAUCUAUGCUGUUAUAUAAAAAACAGAUGAUUAUUAGGACAUGUACAUUAAUAAAAAUAUAUAUAAAAACAAGUUUGUUUGUUCUAUUA